GAAUGAGUUCAACGCGACGUGCAAUCUUUGAAGCAAUACUCGCAUUCAACUUACUCAACUUGAAUCUGUCCCGUGGGGAGCUAAUUUGGUUGUCAAGCUUACCUUCCAAAUCGAGAUCGCCACGAUGCAGCCAACAGUUCAGUACCGCCCCUUCCCCCAGCAGGUGCCUCAAAGGUCUCCCGCUGCUGCAGCUGCGAGAAGAGGAAUUGGUCCUAUGGUCUCUGGACAACAUCCUCAAGCAACUUUGACAGCUGCGCAAGCUGCACAACAACGAGACGCCCAGAGGGAAGCAAGUGAGCGCGCAAAGAUGAGGAGUCGUAAGCCUACCGAUAAGAACAUACCGGAAGGGGUGGAAGAGUGUAUCAUUGGCGAUGGAGUUCAGAGAUACAGAGAGCUUCGAGAGUUGGAGCGCAAAUUGGAUUCUACAAUGAUGAGAAAGAGGCUGGAUGUCCAGGAUGCUGUUAACAGAACUGUCAAGCGCUACCGAACAUUACGGGUCUGGAUCAGCAACACAGUCGAAGACCAACCUUGGCAAGCAGACACCCUCGACGUGGACGCCUUUGACUUUAGUACAAACAUCGACUCUUCGUACCGGGUAAAGAUUGAAGGAAGACUAUUGGACGAGGAAGAAGACGAUCUGGACAGCGACGACAGUGAUGACGAGGACGAAGUUGCGAAUGGCGAUGCGAUGGAUGAGGAUGGAAAGGAGAAACCAAAGAAGUCGAAGCUCCCCACGAAGCAGUACAAGCUCUCACACUUCUUUAAGUCCAUGACUGUUGACUUCGACCGAGGGAAGACAAAGGAUGUUAUGGAUCAGAGCGUGGAGUGGAAGAAGCCUGCGGUUGCGACAAAUGCGACAAAUCUUCCAAAUGCUGCUGAUUUCGAUCAACUGGAGUUCAAGCGGGGAGGUGAUGAAAAUAUGAACAUCACGAUCAAUCUCGUUCGCGAUGAGACUCCAGAGCGAUUCAAAUUGAGCCCUGCUCUGGCCGAGGUCCUAGAUACUGAUGUAGCGACAAGGGCAGAGGCUGUUAUGGGUAUCUGGGAGUAUGUUAAAGCUAUGGGUCUCCAAGAAGAUGAUGAGAAGCGAUCUUUUGAUUGUGACGAGCGUCUAAAGGCAGUUCUUGUCCGCGACAAAGGAUACAUCCCUUACCUGCCAGAUGCUAUCAUUCCACACCUCACUUCAUUGCCACCCAUUAAGCUACCCUACACCGUACGAGUGGACAAGGAGUUCCAUGAAAAUCCUCAGCCCACAAUUUACGACGUUCAAGUCCAAAUCGAUGAUCCUUUGAAGGCUGCCUUAACUUCGUAUCUGACAAAUCCUACGUACGCCCAUAACUUGAGAGAAAUUAUCACUCUAAACGACCAAUUGGGCCUUCUUGUUCAAAAGAUAGGAAACUCCAAAUCGAAGCACACCUUCUUUGACCAACUAUCGAAGAAUCCCACCGAGUUCAUUGCCAAAUGGCUGAGCUCGCAAAAGAGAGAUCUGGAAAUCAUUGCCGGUGAAGGUGUGAGAGGUGGUGGCGAAGACGUUACCGGAGACGACUGGAGAAGAGGAGGUCAAGAGAGCAUUUGGGCUAGUGACAAUGUGAGGGAGAGCGUCAAUCUACUAGUUGGCCAACGACCAAAAUUAUGAGCGGCCAGAUUUAGGCAGUGUUUGAUUAUGGCGAAGAAGGAGUUCAGGUGGAUAGAGCUCCAUUUGCGUUGUAAGAUUAUCCUCAUAUUAUAGUGGAAAGCAUCAACGACUUCAUUUUA